ACCCGUUAUCGGUGACGUACGGAAACAUGCUGGGGCUCCUUUACCAAUGAUCAUGUGAUAUGCGUAUUUACAUUUACACAAGUGAUUUUUUGACCCGGCACUUUGUGAGCAUCGAGUGUUUCAACCCUAAAGGUGCUGAGUGCUCUCACCGCUCGGUUGGAGCAGCUGACGGGGAAGGCGGUCGCGUUGGGAGAGACGCCGUGGGAGACGGAAGAUCGGCGUGGCGCUGGAACCGGAAGCCGGCAGAGCACCGCAGGGGUGAUGUUUUUAAAGUAUGAAAACAUGAAAUUCACAUGAAUUAGGACUUCUGAGGUGCUAGGAAGAGCAGUCUAUGAAUGGAGAGAAUGUCUACGGAAAAGGAAGCUAAACUUAAACUGAAGAAAAGAAAAAACUCAGGGAGCACUGGUAUAAAUCAAGUUUCAGAGAAUGUUCUGAAGGCUCAGAGUGAGAGUGACAGUCUUAAACGAAAAUCAGAAGGUGAUCCCAACGUCUGGUGGACCAAAGCAGAUUUAAAUGAGACUGAUCAUCUUUGGCUGUUGGCACUGAAAUCUGCAGUUCCUAAUGCAACUCAAACACUGAUGAGCUUUCCAUUAUGUCAAGACUUGCCUGCAUUUACUCCACAGGUUUAUAGGAGUAAUAAGUCAAGCAUGUUGCGGAGCUGUAGUGACAUAGAAGACAGGUGUGCUGAAUUUCCACCCAUGUGCUCAUCAGUAACGAAGCUUUUGAACGAAGAGUCAUAUGAAAAGGCAAAUAGUUCAUUAAAAGGCAAUUUGGAGUUAGCUUCCUGUCCUCUUUGCUUACUUCAGUUCCCUGCUAGAUACAGCCAGAUGGAAAUAGAUGGUCAUCUUGCAAAAUGUCUGUCUGAAAUGAAUGAUGACAUUCUUUGGUAAAUAUGCACGGCUAUGCUUAGCCUACCAGUUUAAAAUAUUUUAUUUAGUUAUUCUACAUUAUAUGCACUAUGUCCUCAGUUUUUUAGAUCUCUGUGGUAAUGUGUUUUAUACUUUAACCUAAUGCAAUGUUUAUGUAAAAUAUGUUACAACAUGCAAUGUAAAUAAAGUCAUAAAAGAAAUAGUGUGGGAAUAAAAAAAUGUCCACCAUCACAAAGUGUAUCAAUACAAAUAAAAAUUGUCAUAUUGUUGAUGUUUAUGAUGCA